GCAACAACAACAAUAAAAUAUAAGAAUAUGAACAUAAGGUAAAUGGCUCACUAGAAUAAACAUUUUGUAACAGCCUUGAAAACAGUAGUUCCAGAGGAGGGCAUUGAGUGUGGUCUUCAGAUGCGGCUAACAAUGUCCCCCUGACAGUCAUCUGUCAUUUACUCUUCCUGUGUCCUCCUUUAGUCUGUCUGACAUCUCCGAACAAAUAAGCCCCAAUACACAAACACAGACUAGGGCCCACUCUAGGAAAACCAGCCCCUCUUCUUAUGUUUGUGUGACAAAAUAGGCAAGGCAAACCCUGCAGUGGAAUAAGAUAAUCAUCAACAUGUGAAGAGCCUCCCAAUCCACAUCCUUACUCCGGCCCUUGGAUUAACUGUCUGUUUGGCUAAUCAUUUUAAUCUGUCCGAGGGGCAGAAGGGGUGAUGGGUUUGGAAUAAACAUCUAAUCCCCUUGGCCCCUCCUCCCCACACAAGUGAUGGGCCAUACAUGGUGCCCCUGAUCAACUAAAAUGGCUGCUAGACAGACAUAAAUAAACACUGACAGACAGUUGCCAGACUGGGCUUGCUUUAUAUUGUCCAGUGGAAUGUACACAUCAGGGUGUGUAGGCUGUGUAGGUGUGUAGGGUACAGCACAGGUUCACACGGGCAGGGUCUGUCUGGAACACCUGUGCAGACGUAGACAACAAGAAGAAGAGUCAAUGGGAAGGCAUUUGUUAUAAAUAUAUAUUAUAUAUUAAAUGUACUUAAGUAUUGACCAAAAUAUUUGAUCAAUCAGGUGUCCAUCCUUUGGGAUAUUUUAACAUAUAGGAACAUUUAAUACCAACCAAUUUGUAAUCAUCUCAUCCUGCAAACUAACAUUACUUAGAACUAUACUACAAAUAGGCUACUACAUGUAUGCCUCUGGAUCAAUUCAAUAUUCUCAACCCAAUAACUAUGCUGUGUUUAGGAGUUUUCUUACUGCAACUUAUUCUUUUUUUUUGCCACAAACAUCACUAGACUUCUCAAUGAUAUGGAGGAGACUGUAUUUUACAAAUGCUUUGUAUAAAAUUGAAGGAUAUAAAUUGUAUAAAAUCCCUUUACGAUUUUAGAGGAAUGGUGUUUAAAUGAAUCUAUAAAUUAUACUGAUACAAUAUAAUCUGGUGAAAUAGUUGCCGUUUAAAGUAUGGCACUUCUGAUGUCCUGAUGGGGACGUUGUUUUUAAUGUCACACUUUUGUUGAGAUAGUCUAUCGUUCCCCCUGCCCAACCCCCUCAUUCUCAAUAUGCGAAUGACUGACUGGGAGGGCCAGGUGUUUAUAAGGGCCCCCUGAUGUCAGGGGACCACUUUCUCGCUCUGAGCUUCUCUGCUACUGUAGUUGUCUUCUCCUUGCUGGACAAGACACCCGUUGGGAAGAUUUAUGAUGGAUUUUCUCCGUGCCUGCGUUUUGUGUGCUGCGGCUUUAUUCACCGUGUCCAAAGCUUUCACGCACAAGGACAUGAAGGAUACCCUGCUUCAAAAACUAGGACUGGAUGAAGUUCCGAAAAUUCACAAAAGGGAUUUGGAGAAUCUUGUAAUGCCUGCGCACAUUAAGAAUAAAUACCUGUCAAUGCUGAAGCUGCACCACGAAAGGCGGCGCAGGUCUCUGCCAAGCUUGGCGGGGAUUCUGAGGGGAAUCCCAGGAAAUGCAGACAUCUAUGGGGAGUUUGUGUACUCGGACACCACUCGGCAACGGAUGGUCUUUGACAUGGACACCCGCAUCCCCCAUAAUAGCGAGGUGACCAUGGCCGAACUGAAACUGUACAAGAAAGCCCCUCCUCACAAGCGCUCCAUGUCCGAGAGGAGGAACCACCGUCCGGUUAACAACGCCAGAGUCUCCAUCUACUGGGUAGAGAUGCUGGAGAACGGCUCCAACACAACAUCUCUGGUGGACUCACGGUUGAUCCCCAUCCAUGAGACUGGCUGGAUAAGCUUUGAUGUCACACAGGGUGUGCACUAUUGGUCAAAGACGCAGCAGAAAACACCUAUGAACCUAGAGGUGUGGAUCGAGGGCGAGAGACCUGGCAGCUACGCGGCAGAAAUGGCCAAGAGUGUCCACUUUACCACCCAGGACCAGACGGAAAACACCUUGGGAAAACCUGAGCUGAUCCUCUACACACUCAACCUCGAAGAGUUUGGGUCUCGAGGUGACUGUGAAAUCAAUCCAGAUAAGGACACGUGCUGCAGAGAAAAAUACUUCAUCAAUUUCCGCGCGCUCACGUGGACCCAGUAUUGGAUAAUCGAACCAGCGGGCUACCAGGCCUACCGAUGCGCUGGAGGGUGCAAGCAGCCCAAGCGAAACUACGGCUACGGGGAGCGGAAGUGUACCAUCGCGGAGAGCGCCCCGCUGCCCAUGAUGUACCUGGUAAAGAAGGGUGACUACACCGAGAUAGAAGUGGCCGAGUUCCCCAACAUGAUCGUGGAGUCGUGUGCCUGCACCAUGGACAACAUCUCCAUCGUUUGAAGUCAAGCGUUGUAGACUGGGCAGGGCACCUCCAAAUGAACUCCAAGUACUUUUCUAUUGAAAGUGGGAAUAUAAUAAGAGGGAGCAUGACAGAUCUCUUGAGACAAAUUCUAUUCACAAGCACUUUGUAUUAUUUUUUGUAAAUAAUUCAUUCAUAAUUUAGACUUCAUGAGUUGUAUACUGUAUUACUCAGAAAAAACGGUCUG